AUGGAAGAGACUGUGGAGCAGACUGGAAGCCUGAGCAUGUAUUGCCACUUUGCAAAUGGCAUUGGGGAGCCCAAGUACAUGCCCGUACAAUCAUGGGAGCUUUUGACCCAGACCCUGGCGGAAGCCUUGGAGAAUCACAAUGAGGUCAACGCAGUGAUGGACCUGGUUCUGUUUGAGGAUGCCAUGCGCCAUGUCUGCCGCAUCAAUCGCAUCCUGGAGUCCCCACGGGGCAACGCGCUGCUGGUGGGGGUGGGUGGGAAUGGCAAGCAGAGCUUGACCAGGCUGGCGGCCUUCAUUAGCUCCAUGGAUGUGUUCCAGAUCACGCUGCGCAAAGGCUACCAGAUCCUGGACUUCAAGAUGGAUCUGGCCGGCUUGUGCCUGAAAGCCGGGGUGAAAAAUAUCAGCACGGUGUUUCUCAUGACUGAUGCCCAGGUGGCCGAUGAGAAGUUCCUUGUGCUCAUCAAUGAUCUCUUGGCGUCUGGAGAGGUCCCAGAUCUCUACUCUGAUGAUGAAGUUGAAAGCAUCAUAAGCAACGUGAGGAAUGAAGUCAAGAGCCAAGGUCUCGUUGACAACAGAGAGAACUGCUGGAAAUUCUUUAUAGAUCGGGUCCGACGACAGCUGAAGGUGACGCUCUGCUUCUCCCCGGUGGGGAACAAGCUGAGGGUCCGCAGCAGGAGGUUCCCAGCCAUUGUGACCUGCACGGCUAUCGACUGGUUCCACGAGUGGCCUCAGCAGGCACUGGAGUCUGUCAGCCUCCGCUUCUUGCAGAGCACGGAGAGCAUUGAGCCCACAGUCAAGCAGUCGAUUAGCAAGUUCAUGGCUUUUGUCCACACGAGUGUCAACCAGACGUCCCAGUCUUAUCUGAGCAAUGAGCAGCGCUACAACUACACAACCCCCAAGUCAUUUCUGGAGUUCAUCAGGCUCUACCAGAGCUUGCUGCGCAGGAAUGGCCAAGAGCUCAAGUCCAAGACGGAGCGGCUGGAGAACGGGCUGCUGAAGCUCCACAGCACCUCUGCCCAGGUGGAUGAUCUGAAAGCCAAGCUGGCCACGCAGGAAGUGGAGCUGAAGCAGAAGAAUGAAGAUGCAGACAAGCUGAUUCAGGAGGUGGGCAUAGAGACCGACAAGGUGAGCCGAGAGAAAGCCAUGGCGGACGAGGAGGAGCGGAAGGUGGCCCUCAUCAUGCUGGAGGUGCAGCAGAAGCAGAGGGACUGUGAAGAAGACCUGGCCAAAGCAGAGCCCGCACUCACAGCAGCCCAGGCAGCUCUCAACACCCUCAAUAAGCGGCGGAGGACAAAGGAAGCCCAUUCAUUUUCUUCUAACGCCCUCCUUCUCCCUUCUCAGACCAACCUGACGGAGCUGAAGUCCUUUGGCUCUCCACCUCCGGCCGUCAGCAAUGUCAGCGCCGCCGUGAUGGCGCUCAUGGCCCCCGGGGGGAAGGUGCCCAAGGACCGCAGCUGGAAGGCCGCUAAGGUCGCCAUGGCCAGAGUGGAUGGCUUCCUGGACUCCCUCGUCCGCUUUGACAAAGAGAACAUCCAUCAGAACUGCCUCAGAGCCAUCAGGCCAUACCUGCAGGACCCCGAGUUCAACCCGGAGUUCGUGGCCACCAAGUCCUACGCGGCGGCGGGCCUCUGCUCCUGGGUCAUCAACAUUGUGAAGUUCUACGAGGUGUUCUGUGACGUGGAGCCCAAGCGCCAGGCGUUGGGCAGAGCCACCUCGGACCUCACCACUGCCCAGGAGAAGCUGGCAGCCAUCAAGGCCAAGAUCGCUCACCUGGAUGAAAACCUGGCCAAGCUCACAGCCAAGUUUGAGAGAGCCACAGCAGACAAACUCAAAUGUCAGCAAGAAGCCGAAGCGACCGCGGGCACCAUCUCCCUUGCAAAUCGCCUGGUGGGAGGACUCGCUUCUGAAAACGUGCGGUGGGCAGAAGCUGUGCAGAACUUCAAGCAGCAGGAAAGCACGCUGUGUGGAGACAUUUUGCUCAUCACAGCCUUCAUUUCCUACCUCGGUUUCUUUACAAAGAAAUACCGGCAGAGCCUCAUGGACGGGACCUGGAGACCCUACCUGAGCCAGCUGCAAGUCCCCAUCCCGGUCACCCCCGGCCUGGACCCCCUGAGGAUGCUGACGGAUGAUGCCGACGUGGCGGCGUGGCAGAACCAGGGCCUCCCUGCGGACCGAAUGUCCGUGGAGAACGCCACCAUCCUUGUCACCUGUGAGCGCUGGCCGCUCCUGGUUGACCCUCAGCUGCAAGGCAUCAAAUGGGUCAAGAACAAAUACGGAGAAGACCUCCGGGUCACCCAGAUCGGUCGGAAGGGCUACCUCCAAACCAUAGAGCAAGCCCUGGAAGCUGGCCACGUGGUGCUGAUUGAGAACCUGGAGGAGUCCAUUGAUCCUGUUCUGGGUCCACUGCUCGGGAGAGAAGUCAUUAAAAAAGGACGGUUCAUUAAAAUCGGAGACAAAGAGUGUGAAUACAAUCCCAAGUUCCGGCUCAUACUUCACACCAAGCUGGCCAAUCCUCACUACCAGCCGGAGCUGCAGGCGCAGGCCACCCUCAUCAACUUCACUGUGACCAGGGAUGGCCUGGAGGACCAGCUGCUGGCUGCUGUGGUCAGCAUGGAGAGGCCAGACCUGGAGCAGCUGAAGGUGCUUCCAGGAUCCGCCGAGAAAGGGAGGCAGACAACACGCUGUCACUAG